GCUGGUAAUUGUACCGUACAUGAAGAGCUGAAAGAUUGUCUUUUGACCUGAAAAAGGUUUUUUCUUCUUCUUUGCUUUUUGGCAUUUGCAACUCGGGUAUGCCAGUCGGUCACGGGCAACAAACGAUGGUAUGGCAAGCUGAUAGAGAACUCCUCUGUUCGGAAGUCUAUCCUUCCGAGGAUUGACUGGCUGGUUUUUUGACAUUCCAUGAACUUUUCCAGUGAGGGGGGUUCUUCCAAUUGGGAACCCGUAAUGUGAAUUCUUUUAUUAGCAUCCUCGCCGGAUCUUUAGCACUUCUACCUCCUCCUCCAUAGCCUUUUCCGAACUUUUGAUAUUCUGGUUUUUUCGGGGGGAAAAAUUACUUCGACCUUUUAGAACCAUAUCCUAGCCUCAAAUCAUAACUUCGAACCAUGGCAACCGAACAACAGACCGCGAACGGCAGCGCCAGUGUCCCUGCUGCUGCUGAAGCAGAAAUCCCCAGCUCCUCUAAGGGGAGAUCCUCCACUAAGGAUGCUGCACCCAAGAAGCCAAAAGUUUCGCGUCUUGUUCUCUGCUUCGAUGGUACGGGAAACAAGUUCACGGGUGAUACUUCAGACACCAAUAUUGUGAAGAUAUAUCAGCUACUCGACAGAGGUACAAAAGGGCAAUUCCACUACUACCAACCUGGUAUCGGAACCUAUGUUACGGGAACAAGCAGCUUUACCCCGAAACUGUGGAGCAGGUUUACAAACUACAUCACGCAAACACUGGACGAAGCUCUAGGAACCUCCUUCGCGGACCAUGUAGUCUCAGGCUACAAGUUCAUAAUGCGCUACUACACCCCGGGCGACGAUAUCUACAUCCUCGGCUUCUCGCGGGGCGCCUACACAGCGCGCUUCCUGGCCCAGAUGGUGCAAACCAUUGGCCUCCUGUCCAGGGGUAACGAAGAAAUGAUUAACUUUGCUUGGGAUACAUACGCAAAAUACGAGCAGCGGGGAACGGACACGGAUCACAAAGCGGAAGCCUUCAUGGAGAUAUUCCGUGACACAUUCUGCCGGAAAGAUGUGACCAUCCGCUUCUUGGGACUCUUCGACUCCGUGAACUCAGUCGGCAGCUUCGAGAUUCCCGGAAUGCGUCGCAGCUUCGACAACAUCUCCAUCCCGCCGGCGAUUCACGUACGGCACGCCGUCUCCAUCGACGAGCGGCGGGCAAAGUUUAAACCGGCGCUCUUCGAUGAUAGGCGCGGGCACGACAUCAAGGAGGUCUGGUUCCCAGGGAACCACGGCGAUGUCGGCGGCGGGUGGGUGCCGGGCAGCGACGGACACCUGCUCAGCGACAUACCCCUCGCCUGGAUGAUAAACGAGAUGAAGAACCUUCCGGACGUGGAAAAGCCCCUCGUCUGGCUGGAAGGGGCAGGGAACAUCCCCCACCACGAUCCGGUGCAGAGUCCGCACGUCGCGCGAACAGCCGUAUUGGGGAAGAUACACGACGCGCUGGGGUUCGCAAAGGGGUUUAGCCUUGGCAAUGUUUUUGGCUGGUGGCUUAUAGAAUGGAUACCCAUUUUCUCCCGCCGCGAACUCGAAGACGACAAGUGGGUCUCUCGCCGCGUCCCACCCAACGGCGGCGAGCCGAGGGACCUGCCCUCCGGCGCGCUGAUACACCCCACCGCGCACGUGCGUGAACUUGAGGACCCAAACUACCGUCCCAAGAACACCAACUACAGGUCCGCCAUCAGUCCCGGACAACCAGCCUCCCGCAAGAAGGAGAGUAGCUGGCGGACCUGGCAGAAUGAGCUUGUCGGGAAGAAGUGGCAUAUUGCGGAUGUGCACGAAACGGAGCCGUUAUUGAAUGGGAGCGGGAAUAGUGCCGCCGUCUAACUUGGGCAAGUUUUUGGCGGGGAGUGGGCGGGGGGCAGGGAUGGAUGUGGGGAGGAUUUAAUUUCAUCACUUCGUUUAUUAGCCGUAGGAUGAUGAUUUGUUGAAACAAGAGAUCACAAACAAUCACUCGCUAUAGCAAUUAAAUCUAUUUCUCUUCA